CUGUUUUCGUCGUCGUCAUAUGACGCUCAUUCAAUCAAGUUCGUUUGAAACUCGUUAUCAGUUUGGUCUUUCUGCUACACUUUUCUGCAAGCUCUUCAUUCAUAACUGUGUUUAGUUUAUAACCGGCUAAAUACUUUUUUUUUCUUGUCGAAGUGAACUAAUUUUUAGCUGAAUCAUUUUGUGUCUUUCUGCAGGCCAGAAGUGUUAAUAUUUUACAGAAAAAUGGAUAUAGAAAGCGUUUUAGUCACUGGAGCAAAUCGUGGCAUUGGCUUGGAAUUUGUGAAGCAAUUGAUAAAUUUGUCCAAGCCUCCACGCUUGUUAUUUGCAACUUACAGAGAUAGGAGUAACAUACAGGCCCUCGAAACUAUUAGAGAUUCUUCACAGCAGACGCAAAUUCUCUUAAUCAAAAUGGACGUAACGAAGACGAAGGAAAUUGAAGACGCACGCAAGAUAGUCGAAGACAUGGUUGGAGAUAAAGGACUGGAUCUUCUGAUCAAUAACGCUGGAGUUUUAAAGUUUGAAACUUUUCCUGAAAUCACCGAAGAUAAUAUGUUGUUACACUUUUCUACAAACACAGUAGGACCUGUCAUGGUAUUAAAGGAAUUGUUUCCACUUCUAAAGAAAUCAGCUGCCCAUAAAACUACUGAGGCGAGUGUUUCCAGAACAAUAGUACUCAACAUUUCUUCUAUUGGUGGAUCCAUUGGUGGAAUGAGCGUGGAAAAUCCAGAUGGAUGGCUGCACGCCUUCGGAUACAGAACAAGCAAAGCGGCGCUGAAUAUGGCCAUGCGAGUGGUCGCCCUGACUGUGAAAGACAGCGGCAUUCUGGUUGUCAACUUGUGUCCUGGAUGGGUCAAGACGGACAUGGGGACGGACGAGGCAGAACUAGAAGUAACCGAAAGUGUCUCUGCCAUCAUGAAAACGUUGUCUCAAUUGAAUGAAUCGCAUCAUGGAACAUUUAUUGACAGAAAUGGAAACACCAUUGUCUUUUGAAAUAUAACUAUUGUGCUGCAAUAUGUUCUUUUUUAAUUUCCACUUUCAGAUAUAAAUUAUUUGUGUACUACGUUUUUAAACAUACACAAUUUUAUCUCUGUACAAGAUUUUGUUGCCUUUUCGUAGAUUUUGCUUAGAUUGUUAUGAUAUCUUUAUUAGCACAUGAUAUUGUAUGAUAUCCUCAUGAUAUUAUUUGGUAUUCUGAAUGCUGUACAUUAAUGAGAAGAUACUGUAAUAAUGUUGUUGGGCAUUAUAUGCUUGAAAGAAUGAAAACUUCAUAUGGUAUUGGAAAUUUUUUUUCCGAGAUAUAAUAAACAUUUAAAAAAUU